AUGGAGGAUUAUUAUGUUAUUUUGGAAAAUCCGAUGAGAAUGAGUUCUCUGGUCUUCUACUACCUGACCUUGAUCCUCGGCGUUCCCGGGAAUGCAUUUGUCGUGUAUGUUGCUGGAUUGAAGAUGAAGAGGACUGUUAAUACAGUAGGGUUUCUCAAUCUAGCGAUUGCCGACCUCUUGUGCUGCCUUUCCACUCUUUACUAUGUGACCGAGAGCACUUUUAAUGAACACUGGCCGUACGGAUCCAUCAUGUGCAAGAUUCUCCACUUCAUUGUGCUCAUCACCAUGUUUGCUAGCGUUUUCACACUGAGCUUGAUUAGUCUGGAUCGGUUUACUGUUGUGAUCACACCGGUUUGGGCUCAAAAUCAUCGCAGCUUGUUCAUCGCACGACUGUCCUGCGCAGCGGCCUGGAUUCUGGCUUCAGUUCUUAGUCUGCCUUUUAUGAUGUUAAGAGAGACUUACACAGAAAAUAACAAAACAUACUGCCUGCAUUUUCAACAUAAUGAAGACAAUUAUAAACUGUAUAGAAGGUUAAGCAUCAUCAGAUUUGUGUUUGGCUUUUUGGUUCCUCUCGUAUGCAUCACAACAUGCUACGGAUUCAUCGCACGCAAGUUAGGCAGGAGUCAUUUUCACUCUGGACGAGCGUUUCGCAUCAUGUUGGCUGUAAUUGUGGCCUUUUUUCUCUGCUGGUUGCCGUAUCACAUAGUAGAUUUGAUAAUAAUGUACGGAGAGGGAUCCAGUUCCUCUGUGGCUUUGGCGGUGGAUCCGUUGGCCGUCUCUUUGGCGUAUUUCAACAGCUGUCUGAACCCCGUUCUGUAUGUUUUCAUAUGGCAUGAUUUUAAGAGCAAUGUUAAACUUUCUCUAAGACGUGUUUUUGAAAGAGUUUUCUCUGAGGAGGGAACACAAAUAUCACAAACCACCCAUUCACAGCAAAUGCAUUCACUGUAG